CGAAUUCUUUCAGUUUCAGUACAAGCUAUAGAAUCAAUAUAAACCCACCACUCAUGCUCUUUAACAAGUCAGAGGUAGAACUUUCACAAACCAGCUACAGUUAGCACUGUAUAAAUCCAUUAAAAUUUCUUUCCCCGUCAUCUCCCCUGAUAUAACCCACCCAGAAAAUAAAAAAUAAAAAUGGAGACGUCUGGGGAAGAGCUCAAUCAGCCCAUCUUACAUUCAAAAUCUCCGGCUGCAUCUAUUUCACGGCAACAAUCGGCGGCGGAGCAGGAAUGGAGCAAAGAACUCGAACAGAUACUGUCGGACAUGCAGAUGCCAGCGUUCAAGCGUUACCGAGUUGCCACCUGGAUCGAACUGAAGCUCCUCUUCUACCUUGCUGCCCCUGCUGUCAUCGUAUACAUGAUCAACUAUGUUAUGUCCAUGUCCACCCAGAUCUUCUCUGGCCAUCUCGGCAACCUCGAACUCGCGGCCGCCUCCCUCGGCAACACCGGUAUUCAGAUUUUCGCUUACGGUCUCAUGUUGGGCAUGGGAAGUGCAGUCGAGACGCUGUGUGGGCAGUCAUACGGGGCUGGCAAGUAUGAAAUGCUGGGCAUCUAUCUCCAGAGAUCGACAAUUCUGCUUAUGGCAACUGGGAUUCCACUGGCAGUGAUAUACAUCUUGUCGAAGCCACUGUUGAUCUUCCUGGGUGAAUCACCGGAGAUCGCAUCGGCGGCAGCGAUGUUCGUCUACGGCCUCAUCCCACAGAUAUUCGCAUACGCUGCCAACUUCCCGAUACAGAAAUUCCUGCAAGCCCAGAGCAUAGUGGCCCCCAGCGCAUACAUAUCGACGGUCACGUUGGGGGUGCAUCUGCUGCUAAGCUGGUUGGCUGUGUAUAAGCUGGGCAUGGGGUUAUUGGGAGCGUCGUUGAUAUUGAGUCUGUCGUGGUGGAUCAUCGUGGGAGCCCAGUUCCUGUACAUAGUGAUGAACGAAAAGUUUAAGUACACGUGGACAGGCUUCAGCGUGCAAGCUUUCCAUGGUUUGCCGGCCUUCCUCAAACUGUCGGUGGCAUCGGCGGUGAUGCUCUGCUUGGAGACUUGGUACUUUCAGAUACUGGUUUUGCUUUCUGGGUUGCUCAAGAAUCCUGAGUUGGCGUUGGACUCUCUCUCUAUUUGCACGACGGUUUCUGGAUGGGUGUUCAUGAUUUCAGUCGGCUUCAACGCAGCUGCAAGUGUUCGGGUAAGCAACGAACUGGGUGCCGGAAAUCCGAAGGCGGCAGCAUUCUCAGUAUUGAUAGUUACUUCGUUGUCAUUCAUAAUAUCGGUGGUGGCGGCCAUAAUCGUCCUCCUUCUACGGCAUGUUAUCAGCUACGCCUUCACCGACGGUGAAAGGGUGGCCAAUGCCGUCUCCGACUUGUGCCCGCUGCUGGCCAUCACCCUCAUCCUCAACGGGGUCCAACCCGUGCUAUCAGGUGUGGCGGUUGGAUGUGGAUGGCAAGCUUUUGUUGCAUAUGUGAACGUGGGAUGUUACUAUGUGGUUGGGGUCCCCGUGGGGGUUCUACUCGGUUUUAAAUUCGAUCUGGGUGCUAAGGGUAUUUGGUCUGGAAUGAUCGGCGGCACCACAGUCCAAACUCUCAUUUUGAUUUGGGUUACGUACCGGACAAACUGGAAUAAAGAGGUGGAGGAAGCCAUGAAACGAUUAGAGACAUGGGACGAAAAGAAAGAGCCGCUGUUGAAAGAUUAAACAAGAUUCUGAAUGAUGGGUGAAUAUCGGAUAUUUAUUGUUAGUGAUGGCAAUCAUCUUAUUCUACUGGUGCUCGAGAGCUUCCAGAAAAAUUAUCGGUAGAUAUUCAUUUCACGCUUCAUUAAUUCAGUCAAUUGUGCUCAUUAAUUGGACGACAUCAGCUGAUCUACUCACUGGUGUAUUACAUUCGCUUUUAGUUCUAUGUUUCUAUGUUAUGUUCUUUAUUUAAAAAAUAAAAAUUAAAAAAAGGGUGUUCAUCUUUUGGAUUU